GUUGGGUGUGUGGACACCUAGGAAUAGGCUCCUUGAGUCACUGCUGCCACGACGCUGACACAUUCCAGUAGGGGAGGGCUGCCUGGGAUGCCUCUCUUCUGAUAAGCAUCCUAUGGUAUUCUGUACAAGUCAAGAUGGCGGUGUCGGUAACGGAAAAGGACGGAAUAGUGAGUAUUACAAUUUGCUGUUAAACAGCUGUUUGCUCGGAAUUUGUUGUUUUCUGUAUCUGCGCGUAAAAACGGUUACGCGUGUCAUUUGUGGAGAGCUGUAAUUUACGUCAUCAUCAAGUUUCUAUUAUUGUGGGGAGUAAUAUGGCAAUAGGCUGGCUGUGCAUUCCCAAGCACAGCCCGAGUCGACCUUUGAUGUGGGCGCGGAAGAAAUUCCAUAUGAUUCUGCAUGUGGAAAUGUAUCUGUGUGGUGGUCACCUAGGUCGUUUAACCGAUACGGUGCAUUAUUUCUCGUUAUCAAUUUACAAUGUAGGCUAUCUAUGUGCGCCUUGAUGGUAAUGAACAAACGUUGUCACAGGUCUUACGCGCUCUAGUCUAGAACAUGACAGAUAUUUUGACAGCCAUGGAUUUCCCAACCUUUUGAUUGUUGAAUAGCGGCAUGAGGGCCAUGCCGUCGGCUUUUUCAACGGCCGAGAAGACCUUGAGCAAUAUGCAGCCUAUUAGAACGCUAGGCUACUCCGCCCAUUGAUUAGGCUGUUAUUAUUUAGGCUGUACCUGAUCAAUACAUUAUGUUUUUUCUUUCCCCUUUGUCUCUGGUGGUUUUGAAGAAGACUGAAGAUGACCAUCACAACGAUUCGUUCGGGAACCCCGGGCUUAUCUCGCCGGAUAGGGAGGACAUUUCACGGCUUCUGGUGGGAAGAUUCAUCCUCAUCCAUCGACGUUAAUCAAUAUAUAGGCCUGAAUGGUUAAUCCUUAAAAAAAUAAUUACCACAUCACCUACCCUGGAGGAUGGGGGACAUUUGAUGUCAGUCCUUCCCUAUCGUAUUCCAUGUGUUUGUCCACAUUAUGUGUUGUGAUGAUGAUUAAAUGUGGUGAUGAUUUAAAAUAAAAUGUUGUCUCUCAAUCAUAGAAGGUGCCAUUCAGCGGCCGCAUCAGAGGUGGUAUGAGGCCGGGGAAGAAGGUCAUUGUCAUGGGCAUUGUUGAUCUGGAGCCGGACAGGUAGGCUAAGCCAAUAACCUCCACUCAUUAGGUGUUAGCUCUGGUCCAUGCCGUUACGUGCUGCUUGCUGAUGCUGAGCCUUCUUUUUUUUAUUGAACCUUUAUUUAACUAGGCAAGUCAGUUAAGAACAAAUUCUUAUUUACAAUGAUGGCCUACCCCGGCCAAACCCUCCCCUAACCUGGACGACGCUGGAUCAAUUGUGCGCCGCCCUAUGGGACUCCCAAUAACGCCGGUUGUGAUACAGCCCGGGAUCAAAUCUGGGUCUGUAGUGAUGCCUCUAGCACUGUGAUGCAGUGCCUUAGACUUCAACUUAUUCUUGAAGAAGAGAAGGCAUCCUGGACCAGAGCUAACUAGGUCUAUUUUUCACUUGCGUCCUGGCUUAUCUGAAUGAAUGUCAUCAUCAACUUCUUAUCUGUCAUAUACUGCUUUUUCAUUACAUUCUAAGUCCCAUUCCAUUUUAGUUGGAGUUCUGAUUCUGUAAGAAUGUAGCCUAUACAAUUAAUUGUUGCAGGCCUGUGUAUUGAAUUUUUAAUUGGUGAAAUGCUGUUUUGUCUAUAUUAUGUCUGCUGAAAUAUGCGAAUCUAGCCUAAUAAGGAGAGAGAACAUGUAUUGUAAAAGACAGAAUCGCACAUAGGUUCAGAAAAGGAAAAUUUAAAAAGAUGAGUUCAUUAUUAGCAGCAUGGCAGGAGGCAAAGAAAUGGCCCGGGGGGGAGAAAUGGAGAACUGCGUGGGUGGGUGUGUUGAGAAAGGAUGGCUUUUUCAUAAUGCAAGGCAGGGUGUUCACCUCCACAGUCAGGCCAGGCUGAGGCAGAGCUGGCUGUAUCCCGAAUGGCACCCUAUUCCCUAUGUAGUCCACUAGCCUACCUUUGACCAGAGCCCUAGGGGCCCUGAUCAAACGUAGUGUACUACAAAGGGGAUAGUGUGCCAAUUGGGACACAGUGCUUGUUGAGACAUUUUAGUGUGUGUCCUUUACAGGCCUGAAUAGAAACUAAUGUUCAGUUUAAAAACGUAUUUAGUGACAUCAGUUUUAAAUGCCUGGCACACAAUAUUUACAGUAUGUCAAAGUUCAUGGCAAAAUGCUUGUCAUGGCAGAUGUGAACAUACUGCUCCUCCAGAUGCUAAACAUAAUGACAACAGUAUUAUGUGGUGUUUCUCCUACACAGACACCAUGUCCCUGUAGGCCUUCCUCUAUGUCUCCUACAGCAUCAUGUCCCUAUAGUCCCUCCUCUAUGUCCCCUACAGCAUCAUGUCCCUAUAGUCCCUCCUCUAUGUCCCCUACAGCAUCAUGUCCCUAUAGUCCCUCCUCUAUGUCCCCUACAGCUCCAUUACCAUUGUCCCUAUAGGCCGUCCUCUAUGUCUCCUACAGCUCCAUUACCAUAUGCUCUUUCUUAAUGUCUCCUCAUGUAACAGAGUUACCUAGGGACAGGUUACCUAUGGAUCCCACUAAGGGACAGGUUACUUAGGGAUCCCACUAAGGUACAGGUUACCUAUGGAUCCCACUAAGGUACAGGUUACCUAUGGAUCCCACUAAGGGAUAGGUUACCUAUGGAUCCCACUAAGGGACAGGUUACCUAUGGAUCCCACUAAGGGACAGGUUACCUAUGGAUCCCACUAAGGGACAGGUUACCUAUGGAUCCCACUAAGGGACAGGUUACCUAUGGAUCCCACUAAGGGACAGGUUACCUAGGGAUCCCACUAAGGGACAGGUUACCUAGGGAUCCCACUAAGGGACAGGUUACCUAUGGAUCCCACUAAGGGACAGGUUACCUAGGGAUCCCACUAAGGGACAGGUUACCUAGGGAUCCCACUAAGGGACAGGUUACCUAUGGAUCCCACUAAGGGACAGGUUACCUAGGGAUCCCACUAAGGGACAGGUUACCUAGGGAUCCCACUAAGGGACAGGUUACCUAUGGAUCCCACUAAGGGACAGGUUACCUAGGGAUCCCACUAAGGGACAGGUUACCUAUGGAUCCCACUAAGGGACAGGUUACCUAUGGAUCCCACUAAGGGACAGGUUACCUAGGGAUCCCACUAAGGGACAGGUUACCUAGGGAUCCCACUAAGGGACAGGUUACCUAUGGAUCCCACUAAGGGACAGGUUACCUAUGGAUCCCACUAAGGUACAGGUUACCUAUGGAUCCCACUAAGGGACAGGUUACCUAUGGAUCCCACUAAGGGACAGGUUACCUAGGGAUCCCACUAAGGGACAGGUUACCUAUGGAUCCCACUAAGGGACAGGUUACCUAUGGAUCCCACUAAGGGACAGGUUACCUAGGGAUCCCACUAAGGGACAGGUUACCUAGGGAUCCCACUAAGGGACAGGUUACCUAGGGAUCCCACUAAGGGACAGGUUACCUAUGGAUCCCACUAAGGGACAGGUUACCUAUGGAUCCCACUAAGGGACAGGUUACCUAGGGAUCCCACUAAGGGACAGGUUACCUAGGGAUCCCACUAAGGGACAGGUUAUCUAGGGAUCCCACUAAGGGACAGGUUACCUAGGGAUCCCACUAAGGGACAGGUUACCUAGGGUAGAAAGGGAUAUUGUUAAGCCAGCACAGUUACACCUAAUACUUUUCUCUUCUCUACGUUUCUUUCCGUCUCAGUUUUGACGUCAGCCUGACUUGCGGCCGCGGCACAGAGGAGGAGGAGCCACAGCCGGAUGUGGCCCUGAAACUCAGCGCUCGAUUUGCCGAGCGCCAGUUCCUGCGUAACUCCCGCGUCUCGGGACAGUGGAGCGAGGAGGAGAAGUCUAUCGACUACUUCCCCUUCAUCCCUGACCAGCCCUUCAGGGUACCUGUUACACUUAUCCUAACCCCUAACCUAUAAUCCUAACCCCUAAACCUUCAUCCUUAAUCCUAACUGGACCAGGCCUUCAGGGUACCUGUUACACUUAUCCUAACCCCUAACCUAUAAUCCUAACCCCUAAACCUUCAUCCUUAAUCCUAACUGGACCAGGCCUUCAGGGUACCCAUAACACUCCACUCUCUUUUUAAAUUCUAACCCUAACCCCUAACCCGACCAGCCCUUCAGGGUACCAAGAACACUUCACUGUCGUUCUGAUCCAACUUGUCCCAAAUGGCACCAUGUCCCCUUUAUAGAAGACUUGUUUUGACCAGAGCCCUAUGGGGCCACAGUUAACAAGUGUCUUAACGUCAUGAUAAUUGGCAUUCCACCCCUAUCUCCAUCUCAUACACUCCCCCGCUCUACCAGUCUCUGACUUAUUUUUAGUUGCUGUGAUGAUUCAGUACAGAUGUUAUGUAAAGAUAUAGCCCAGUGAAAAGGAACAUACGUUGUUCCUUGUUGUGGUUUUAUUGGAAAGCAGGUUGCUCCAGUCACACAUUUGUCAGAGGAUGAGGGUUAGAGAUGGCAGAAGUGAUAAGUUAUGCAAAAGCUAACAAGCUCUCUUUCAUUUGGGAAAAGAACCACAUGGCCACAUGAUGUGACUUGGUUUAGAAAUGGGAUGUUUUCAUCUGUGUUUUUUCUCUCUCUCUCUCUCUCUCUCUCUCUCUCUCUCUCUCUCUCUCUCUCUCUCUCUCUCUCUCUCUCUCUCUCUCUCUCUCUCUCUCUCUCUCUCUCUCUCUCUCUCUCUCUCUCUCUCUCUCUCUCUCUCUCUCUCUCUCUUUCUCUCUCUCUCUCUCUCUUAUCUUAUCUUAUCUUAUCUUAUCUUAUCUUAUCUUAUCCAUCCAGAUCGAGAUCCACUGCGAGCACACGCGCUUCCGGAUAUUUGUGGACGGAAACCCGCUCUUCGACUUUUUUCACAAAGUGAAAUCUUUGCCCUCCAUCGAUACAGUGAGGAUAGAGGGGGGUCUACAGAUCACCAAGCUAGGUUAACCAACCCAGCUGCCAUGCCAGUGUGUGACACAACAAGAACUCAAUACAGGUGAACACACACACCUGGUACUACAAUACCCACAAUGCAACACUGCAGCGACAGUGGGCCUAGCGCUUUGGAAAGGCCUUCACGCCGCUUCUUCUUUCCCUUUUAUCUUGCCAUGUCUCAUCCAAGGUCUGACGUUAUUCUGACCUUCCUAGUUCUUGGUUGAAUGGUUGCAAUCCAACGCAGCUCUGUGUGUCUUUGUUCUGAAAGAACUCCUUUGUUUUCUUCCUCAGUUGUGUGUCAGGGAUCUCACUAU